AUAUAACCACCCCCGGUCCAACCCCCCAAACCACCAACACAACAACAUUUGCAACAGCAACACCAACAAGAACUCCUCCUCCUCCUUCUACCUAUCAAGCUUAAGUAGUGAUCAUCAUCACAGCAUCAGUCAGCCAUGGUGCUCCUUCCUACUGACCGCAUGGACAGCCUCUUCUCCCCGCGCUGCGUCUGGGUGAACGGCCCCAUCAUCGUCGGCGCCGGGCCCUCAGGUCUCGCCGUCGCGGCGUGCCUGCGCGAGCAGGGCGUCCCCUACGUCAUCCUCGAGCGCGCCGACUGCAUCGCCUCGCUCUGGCAGAAGCGCACCUACGACCGCCUCAAGCUGCACCUGCCCAAGCAGUUCUGCGAGCUCCCGCGCAUGCCCUUCCCCGACCACUACCCGGAGUACCCGACGCGCCGCCAGUUCAUCGACUACCUCGAGGACUACGCCGCCAGGUUCGAGAUCAAGCCCGAGUUCAACAGCACCGUGCUCUCCGCCCGCUACGACGAGACCUCCGGCCUCUGGCGCGUCGUCACCUCCGCCCCCGGCACCGGCGACAUGGAGUACAUCGGCCGCUGGCUCGUCGUCGCCACCGGCGAGAACGCCGUGAGCGUCGUCCCGGACAUCCCCGGCCUCGACGGCUUCGAAGGCAAGGUCACCCACGUCAGCGACUACAAGUCCGGCGAGGCCUACCGCGGCAAGAGCGUGCUCGUCGUCGGAUGCGGCAACUCCGGCAUGGAGGUCUCGCUCGACCUCAGCGACCACGGCGCGUGCCCUGCCAUGGUGGUGCGCGACGCCGUGCACGUCCUGCCACGCGAGGUGCUCGGCAAGUCCACCUUCGAGCUCGCCGUGCUCCUCAUGCGCUGGCUCCCGCUCUGGAUCGUCGACAAGAUCAUGGUCUUCCUCGCUUGGCUCGUCCUCGGUGACCUCGCCAAGCUCGGCCUGCGCCGCCCCACCGGCGCCGGCCCGCUCGAGCUCAAGGAGACCCACGGCCGCACACCGGUGCUCGACUACGGCGCGCUCGCACGCAUCCGUGCAGGCGACAUCGCCGUCGUCCCCGCUGUGAAACGCUUCGCUAAGGGCAGCCAAGUUGAGCUCGCCAACGGCCGUGUGCUCAACUUCGACGCCGUCAUCCUCGCCACCGGCUACCGUAGCAACGUGCCCCAGUGGCUCCAGGGUAACGAUUUCUUCAACAAGGACGGAUACCCCAAGACCGCCUUCCCCCACGGGUGGAAGGGCCAGUCUGGCCUCUACGCCGUCGGCUUCACCCGCCGUGGUCUCUCCGGCGCCUCCGCCGACGCCGUGCGCAUCGCCAAGGACCUCGGCAACGUCUGGAGGGAGGAGACCAAACCCACCAAGAGGGCCGGCGCCUGCCACAGGCGCUGCAUCUCCGUCGUCUUCUAAACUGAUCGAGCCAGCAGAUCAUGAAGCUAACUUACUGAAGGACACACACACACACACACAGUUGUUCAUGAUGUUUUAGUUAGCCAGUCCAAUCCCCUUGGUUUGUUGUUGAUUUGUUCUUUUCCAGGUAAAUUACUAGUAUGGUAUCGUUAAUUAGGUUAUACACGGUAAAAACAGUGAGAGUGAGUUGAGUGUCAAAAAAGAGAGAGGAGAAAGUGGAGCCCUCCCAUCAGUGGUGAAGUGAGUGAGCCCUAUAGGGGAUUUUUACUGCAGCUAUGGGCGCUAGCUUGGUGUAUAGUAGCAACCUGUUGAUGGAAGAUGAGGCUCUUUCUCAUUGACGUAGCAUGUUCAUUUCUUUGUUGUAAACACUCUAGUGUAGUGUCAUACUACACUUUGUAGAAGUAGCUAGUUUAGCAGUGUCAUAUGGUUAGUGAAGAGAGGUAGUACCACUUGUUGUAAUCUUUUUGUUUUUCUUUUUACUGCUCUUUGUAUGGCUCUUUACUUGAGAGUGAAUAUAUAUGGCUACUAGUGUAAUUUGAAUCUC